UGUUUCUAUUUCUAAUUUGUUUUCCUGCUCACUGAAGGAAAAAAAAAAAAAAGAAGAGGAAGCCACGUAAUCGGAAAUGGAAGCACACGGAGGAGGCGGCGGAAGUGGAAGCCUCCGGCGAGUGUUAGUGUUGGCAUUUUGCGUAGCCGGCAUCUGGUCGGCUUAUAUAUAUCAAGGUCUUCUUCAAGAAACUCUAUCGACGAAGAGAUUUGGUUCAGAUGGGAAGAGAUUUGAGCAACUAGCAUUCCUAAAUCUGGCGCAAAAUGUAGUUUGCUUGAUAUGGUCAUACAUGAUGAUAAAGAUAUGGUCGACGAGGAGUGGUAGCAGCAGCAGCAGCAUGGGUGCUCCGUGGUGGACAUACUGGAGCCCUGGCAUUACAAAUACAAUCGGGCCAGCCUUGGGUAUUGAAGCCCUAAAGUAUAUCAGUUACCCUGCCCAGGUCCUGGCAAAAUCAUCCAAAAUGAUACCAGUGAUGUUGAUGGGUAGUCUGGUGUAUGGUAUAAGAUACACCCUUCCUGAGUAUCUUUGCACUUUCCUUGUUGCUGGAGGAGUAUCCACAUUUGCUCUCAUGAAGACUAGCUCGAAGACCAUCAAUAAACUAGCACAUCCAAAUGCACCCCUCGGAUAUGGCCUUUGUUUCUUGAACCUUGCAUUUGAUGGAUUUACUAACGCUACUCAGGACUCACUAAAAGCCAGGUAUCCAAAGACAAGCGCUUGGGAUAUAAUGCUGGGAAUGAAUUUGUGGGGAACAAUAUACAACCUGAUCUACAUGUUUGGCUGGCCACACGGGAUUGGAUAUGAGGCAAUCGAAUUCUGCAAGCACCAUCCAGAAGCAGCAUGGGACAUUUUUCUCUACUGCCUUUGUGGCGCUGUGGGUCAGAAUUUUAUCUUUCUAACCAUUAGCCGCUUUGGAUCUCUAGCUAACACGACCAUUACCACAACCCGCAAGUUUGUCAGCAUUGUGGUUUCUUCGGUGCUGAGCGGCAAUCCCCUAUCAGCAAAACAAUGGGGAUGCGUGGUCAUGGUGUUCUCUGGGUUAUCAUAUCAGAUUUAUCUCAAGUGGAGAAAGUUGCAGAAACUGCAAAAGAAGAGAAAGCCUUUGUGAUUAUAACAGUUUUGAACUUUAUAUGUACCUCUUCUUUUCUUUUAAUUUGUUCAAUCAUCAUUUUGUAUCCGUAAAGAUCAACGGUUUCAAAUUCACAGAACUAGUAGAAAUUGUAAAAUGUAAUUGAAUAGAUACUUUAUCAAGGCAGUGAGUUGAAGUUUUGAAUGCCGCCUUCGUGGACGAUUUAAUC